AUGCCAUCCUCAGAAGGCGCCAAUGGCUCCCAUGAGUCCCGUUUGAGGAAGGAGGUCCACCCUCUAGUCCCAGGCGUUUAUGUGCCAACACCGGCCUUCUUUAAAGAUGAAGCAGACGAGCCAGUCGACCUGGACAGCGUCGCGAAACAUGCCGUCCGACUGGCCCGGGCAGGCGUCACCGGCAUAGCGGUGCAGGGCUCCAACGGGGAGGCUGUGCACCUCCUCGACUACGAGCGUGACCACAUCACAAUGACCACCCGGGCCGCCCUCGACGAAGCAGGCUUCAAGGACAUGCCCCUCAUCGUGGGCUGCGCUGCACAAUCCACCCGCCAGACCAUCGAGCUGUGUAAGCAGGCGGCACUGAACGGCGGGGACGCGGCACUCGUCCUGCCCCCGGCGUACUAUCAAGGCCUGUUCGAUAAGGACACCGUCGCCAGGUUCUUCACGGACGUCGCGGACGCAAGCCCCAUCCCUAUCGUUAUCUACAACUACCCCGCCGCCGUCUCGGGCCUGGACCUGUCGAGCGACGCCCUGAUCCACCUGGGCAGGGCCCACCGCAACAUCGUCGGCGCCAAGUUCACGUGCGGCAACACGGGCAAGCUGACAAGGGUGGCCACCGAGUUCACCGGCGCCCCCGUACCGAGCACACGCGCCGACGAGGCAUACGCCAAGGACUACCCCGACUUCCUCUGCUUCGCCGGAUCCGGCGACUUCCUCACGCCAGCCAUGGCCGCCGGGGCGGCAGGCGUGAUCCCCGGCAUCGCGAACGUGGCGCCCGCGACGGUGGCCACGCUGUACAGGUCGCUGGUCAAGGGGGAUGGCCAGGGCGACCAGCGGCUGCAGAAGAUCCUGGCCCGCGGCGACUGGGCGGCGAUAAAGUCGGGCGCGGUGGGUGUCAAGGUGGGGCUGCAGGAGUACUUUGGCUACGGGGGCUGGGCGCGGAAGCCCCUCCCGCGGCCGGAGGGUGAGCAGCGGAAGGAGAUUGUCGAGGGGUUCAGGGAACUUGUCGAGCUGGAGAACUCGCUGGCCGGAAGCAAUUGA